UUUCAUUUAUUAGCCAGACUCGCAGCCAGACGGUUCGUUUCAAAAAAAAACAAAAAAAAAAUCAAAAAUUAAAAUAAUUCGCGCGGGAGUGUGUGAGAUAUGUCUUGGUCCGGACAUCUCUGGGCGUGGAUCUGGCUGAUCCUACUGGCCAGUGGUGUCAGCCAGGCCAUUGAUUUCGGCUACCAUCCCAGUGCCGAGGAGUUCGAUUCGCUUCUGCGUACCAAUUACGGGCGGGACCUGCUCCAGAGACGGCAUUCGGGCGUCCAGGACACCCGGAGAUUCGUGCCAAGGUACCAGCAUGAGACCUCCGUUCGCUUCGACCAGCCGGAACUGGACUUCCAGCUCUUCAGCCAGCAGGACGAGAAUGAGAUCCAGUUCGGGCAGCCGUAUGUCUUUGAGUCGGUGGAGGAGACCGCGAACUCCGGGAUAUCCGACCAACUGCACGUCCAGAGCGAGCUCCUGGAGAUCAAGGAACCGACCAAGAAGCCCCCUCACCCCACUGAGUCUACCAGUUUUCCCAUUUAUUUCACCCAUCCCAGUACGGGGAUUGUCUACCAGAUUAGUCAGGUGGGCGGUGGUGGUGGAUCGGCAGGACCUGCUCAGUAUCCUUUGAAUCCCAGCAGUCAGAGCCGGAACGACAGCAACUCCAUUGCCAUUUAUGUGACGAAGGCGCAGUACGACGCGGACUUGGAGCUGAUGAGGAGGAAGUACGAGAAGCAAUGCCAGAUGGUGGUGCCACCACCGGGCACUGUCAUCUCCACUUUGAAUCCCGUGAGGAGUCCCGGGGCCAGUGGGGCCACCACCGCCAGGCCACAAAUCAUCCGGCUGAAGAAGCCCUCCAAGAGUCCCCAGAACCAGAAGCCGAACAACAAGUUGCCACAGAAGCAGAACCACCGACCGCCACCGGUGAUGGUCACCAGUGGACCCAUCGACCAUGUCAGCGAUCAGUUGCUGAAGUUGCCCCACCGUGGCGCCACCACUCGCGCCACCACCACCACCACCAGCACCACCCACCGGCCCAAUAUCCGGCGCAAGAAGCGCAAGAAGAAAAGGCCAACAAAGCCCAAGGUGGUCAAGAAACGGCCGGGAUUGAAUAAUACCAGGAACCAGCCAGGUCCUUUGCCGGUUAUCUUGGGCAAGAGACCCACCACAGGGACCACCACGACGCCGCCACCCGCCCAGGUGGCAGGACCUCAGCUGGAGAAGCCGCACAUGCCGCAUGCCACACUGCCGACGACGGGGAAUGUGUUCAGCCAGCACCUGUUCCGCCAGGAGGAGGGAAUGGAGAGUCCUUCGGGUCAGUUGGAGUUGCCGCAGGAUCCUCAGGAGGAUCUUCGGGAGUUCCCCCAGGAGCUACGGGAAGUGGUGGUCUUUAGAAGACGUCGAUCUUUGGACUUUGAGGAGGGACUUGGUGGAGAAAAAGGCUUAAAAAGUGGAUCUGAUAAUGGAGGAUCUUCCAAGGACUACGAAUUUAAAGAUAAAAGUGGAGAAGAGAGUGCAAUUCUUCCAUUAAAUGUUGCAGAGAAGAAUCGAGAAAAGGAAUCAUCCGAAAAGGUUCAAAUAGAUCUUCUACCAACAAGAAGAAGGAUCAGAUCCUUGGAAAUAAAUGGAGGAAAAAAGUGGCUAAAAAAAGCCAUAAGAAAGGCGAUAAAAAAAGGAGCCAGAAAGGCGCAGAGAAGAGUCUUCAAAGGACCAGAAGAAACAGAAGAAAGUGAAAGAGAAGAAGACACACUUCGAAGAAAGCGUCGCUCUUUGGGAACAGAAAUCGGAAAAGAAUCUCCCGAAAGGGGAGUAGAAAUAGGAGGGGAAAGGGGCAUCAGAAAAGGAUCAGAGAAGACCGGAAGUGCCAGGAGGGUCAGUACGCCCCGAAGAGGAAGUCCUUCGAAGCGGAAUCCCCAGUCCGGGAAGAGGAAAACGAAACAAAAGUCCACUUCCUCCCCGCCACCCAGUGUCCCCAAAAAGGAUAGUUCCAGUCCCCUUAAUCACCGCAUCCCUAUGGCGGUGCAUCUGCUCCACAAGAAUCACAGCCAGGACGAGAUCCACAAGGAUAACCCGCCAAUCCUGAAACAAAAUAAGGACACUAAAAAUGCAACAAAAAUUAAACGAAAAACGAAGGAAAGAAAGCGCGGAAGACCGGACGUGGGAAGUGCCUUUGAUAUUUUCGAACUGAUGUCCGAUGGGGACUACGAGGACGACGAGGACGAGGAUCAGGAUGACGAGGACUACUACUUCGAUGGAGAUUCCGGAACUCCCAAGCCCCAUACCCCUGCCGAGGGCCACAAAGUCAAGAACGAGGACAGCAGUUCGGCGGAGGAGGGAGCGGACUUUGGGGCCAUGGUGGUGGAGGAGACGACCCUGACCCCGGCCAUGUCCAGCAGCGAGGAGGAGGAGGAGGCCAUGGACCAGGCCGAUGCCACCAAGAACUCCAUGGCCAAGAAGAAAAUCCGUAUCAAGAGGCGGCCCAUCGACUCUGACGAGGAUUACGAUGAGGACGAGGACUCGGGGAUUGCUGGCUUCUUUCGGAUGAUCUUCUAUCCCGUCCAGGUGGCCAUGUCGCGGCUAAUGGAUGGCUUCUCCAGUGCCGAUGAGGACGAGGAUAAGGAGCCCUUUAAAGGACCCACCAUCACCAGGUAUCCCACCUAUACCCUCUACCACAGUGCCCACAGCAACGAGGCCUAUGCGGAGGACGAGGACGAUGGCGAGGAGGAGGAGGAGUCUUCCUCCCUGGGCAGCUGGUUCGGCUCCUGGUUCGGACUCCAGCAGAGGACCAAGAAGAGUGGAAGCACCACCACCUCGUCGCCAGUGACUCCAGCGCCCACCAAGGAGGCGCCAGGAUGGCUGGAGUCCUGGUUCGGUUUCGGAAAGACGAGCACCGCGGAGGCGGACGGCGAGGAUGAUUACGACAAAUGGUUCGCCAGCUGGUUCGAGGGGAAGCCGAAGCGAAAGGUCAGACGCCGCUCCACCACCUCGACCUCGACCACCUCAACCACAACGACCUCCACCACGACGCCGUCGUCGGUGGGCCAGAUGCCGAUCUUGACGAUAGUGGAUCCGCUGAGGAAUCCCCAGAACUGGAUCGGGAUCCUAGCCCAUCACAUUGUCAACUCCACCAGCACCACCACUGGGAAUCCCCUACUCCAAGCACUGGCCACCAGGAUGAGUACGAGGGGCACUACCACGAGCACCACCACCACCACCACCUCCCGGCCGGAUGUGCCCAGGAGGAUCAGCUAUGACAAGUACCAGAUCUGGAGGCUGAAGCCGCAGGACGAGGGUCAGGUGCGGGCCCUGGAGGAGUUCAAGAAGGGCGAGGACGGCGUCAAGAUGCACUGGCUCAAGGGACCAAGUCUCAGAGGUCUCACGGAUGUCCUGGUGGCCCCCCGAAUGCUGGUGGACUUCCAGGGAACCCUCAACUACGAGGGCAUCGCCCACGAGGUGCUCAUCUUCGACGUGGGCAAGGCCAUCGCCUACGAGCGCUCCAAGGAGGACUACCUCCACACCACCCGACCCUCCAAGCUGCGGCCCACCAUCCCCUCGAGCUCCAGCCUGAUGUCCUGGAACCGCUACCACAACCACGACGAGAUCGUCAAGUACCUGGAGGUGGUGCGGAUGAAGCAUCCCCAGCUGGUGGAGCUCAUCCACAUCGGGCGCUCCUACGAGGGUCGUCCGCUCAUCGUCGUGAAGAUCGAGUCCAAGGAUCGGGCCAACCCGGAAGGACUCUCCGAGCAGAAGCGACCCAAGAGGAAGCGGAAGUCGGGUCGGGCCAAUGCCGUGUUCGUGGAGGCGGGGGCCCAGGGCCUGGCCUGGAUUGGACCAGCCACCUCCACGUGGAUGAUUGCCGAGAUCCUGAGGCUCAUAAAGAGUAAUAAGACCAACGAGGACAUGGACUUUGUGAGGAACACCACCUGGUACAUUAUGCCCGUCCUGAAUCCCGAUGGCUAUGCCUUCAGCCAUGAGUACGAUCGCUUCUGGAGGAAGUCCCGCUCCCAGCACCAGGCUCCGCCACCCAGCGGCAUCCUCGACUCGGCCAUGACGUGGCUGCAGCAGAAACAACACGGCCCGGAGAAGGUCUGUUACGGCGUGGAUCUGGACAGGAAUUGGUUAUAUCAUUGGGGCAAGCGUGGCAGUUCCAAGGCUCCCUGCAAUGAGUUCUACGCCGGACCAGCUCCAUUCUCCGAGCCGGAAACCAAGGCUGUCUCCGAUUUUUUAAUGGAUUAUAGAACGCAGAUUAAGCUCUACAUCUCCCUCCAAGCCUACGGCCAAGUGGUGUCCUAUCCCGUCAAGGCCAAUUCCACCUUCAAUGCCGAGCGGUUGGAUGACUUCCUGGACGUGGCCAUGGUGGGCACGGAUGGGCUGCGGAAAAAAGGCCACAAGUCUCGCUACAAAGUAGAUGCCUCCAAUGACCUGAUAGAACAGCGUUCAGGCUGUUCGGAUGCCUUCGCCGCCUAUGAGAUCGGGAUACCCUUCAGCUACACAAUACAGUUGGCGGACAAUGGAGUCCACGGAUACUUGCUGCCCAGCAGCGCCAUCGAGCCCACGGCGAGGGAUGCCUUCGAGAUCAUCAGUGGAAUGUUGGAUUAUAUUUGAAAAAUAAAUAAAAAUCAGGACUUCUAGGGGGGGGUUU